AUGAAGCCACACAGAGGAGCUCAAAUGUUUUCGUCAUUUAUAGCUCAAGACGUGUGCACACCAAAAAAUGUUAAUGAAUUUUUAAAGAACAUUAUAAAACGAUGUGCUGAGCAUUGUGAUAUUACAGUUACUUUGACCAGUCAAAUUCAAUUGAAAACGUUGCUUUUCGAGAAACAGCAAUUGAUGUCUAAACCGAAUGACAGUAAUAUUAAGUAG